ACCAAAACGCUUGGCUGAGGAGCUCUCACUUGUUUUUUCUUCAUGGUGCUCUGAGAAAGAAAUAUGGUCUUCUUGUAUUCAAUAUUCACAAGGAAGAUGAAGGGACAUUAUUGAUAUGUCCAAGUAAUAACAAUGGCUUCGCUUUGUAUGAAUUCUCUGCCUCUGCCACCGUCUUCUCAGCCUCGCAGAGUCUUGGAAACUUCACUUUCCUCGGUGAAUAUCACUAGUAGUAGUAACGGUCAUCUGACAGGAGAAACCUUGAAGCCCAUCGUCGUUUGUGGGAGCCCCCCAACUUUUGUGUCUGCUCCUGGUCAUAGAAUUGUUGCCGUUGGUGAUUUACAUGGAGACCUUGACCAAGCAAGAUGUGCACUUGAGAUUGCUGGAGUGUUGAGUUCCGAUGGUCAGGACUCGUGGACUGGUGGAGAAACGGUGCUGGUUCAGCUGGGAGAUAUACUUGAUAGAGGUGACGAUGAAAUAGCUAUUUUGUCCUUGUUACGGUCUUUGGAUAUGCAGGCCAAAGCUCAAGGUGGAGCAGUUUUUCAGGUCAAUGGGAAUCAUGAGACCAUGAAUGUGGAAGGGGAUUUUAGAUAUGUAGAUCAUGGGGCUUAUGACGAGUGUAGCGAUUUCCUCGAAUACUUAAACAGCUAUAGAGAUGACUGGGAAGAUGGUUUUGUUAAUUGGGUUGAUGUCUCUGAAAGGUGGAAACGCGAACGCAAAAUGUCCCACAAUCAUUGGGGUCCCUGGAAUCUAGUGAAGAGACAAAAGGGGGUCAUUGCCAGAUCAAUCCUUUUUAGGCCGGGAGGUAAAUUGGCAUGCGAGUUAGCGCGACAUUCUGUUGUUCUUAAGGUUAAUGAUUGGGUCUUUUGUCAUGGCGGCCUUCUUCCUCACCAUGUUGCAUAUGGCAUAGAUAGGAUGAACAGGGAAGUAUCUCUCUGGAUGAGAGGUCUCAGUGAAACAGAAGAUGGUCCUCCCAUGCCUUUUCUAGCUACUAGGGGAUAUGACAGCGUUGUUUGGAACCGCUUGUACUCAAGAGAUACUUCAGAUUUAGAGGACUAUCAACUUGAGCGGAUAAAUUCUAUUCUCGAAGAGACCCUCCAAGCCAUUGAUGCGAAGGCAAUGGUGGUAGGGCACACUCCUCAAACCACAGGAGCAAAUUGUAAAUACAAUUGUAGCAUAUGGCGCAUUGACGUGGGCAUGUCUAGUGGUGUUCUUAAUUCAAGACCAGAGGUUCUAGAAAUAAGAAACAAUAGAGCACGAGUUAUAAGGAGCAAGAGGAAUUCAUUUAGUGAACUUGAUUAUACAUAGAGAUGGAUUGUUUGAUUAGCCAGGAUGCGCUGGCGACGCCAUUUACUUGUUCGAUUUUCGAUCAGUGGCUUUCAUACAGAAAAAAAAGAGGGCUAAGAUUUAAGAUGAAUAGAGUGGCAGAGCAGUCCAAGCAUCAAACUUUGGUAUGGAAUCAAGUAUUUUGGGGCAUGUUUAAGAAAGUGAUUGUCUUUACCAUCACACCAUGCCAAUAAGUUUUUCUAUUUUCAUUUUUAAUCAGUUUUGGAUUAGAUAUACCAGUUGUAACUUCUUCUAAAUUGUAUUUUUCUUUCUUGGGAAUGUCUUUUGAGUUGUGUUGAUAGUGUAAGGAAAAAUCUGAAGACAAAACACAAAUGGAAGGUCUGUAAAGCUUAGAACUAUAAUUGUUGAUUGGGAUUCCGUAACUUGUUUUUCAUUUUUGUCUAAGCGAAGUGAUGCAUAGAAAAAUCCUUAGUUACGGAAAUAUACAAGUACACAUACGUAUUGAG